AUUUCUCCCAAGUCCAAACCCUUUAUAAAGACACUUUUUCCAGGUGCCCAGAACUUGGCCCCCUCUUUAGUCUUCUUCUACUCCCUCUUUCUCACCGUCGAUUGAGUGAACCAUCCAAUUUGGGAGAUGGGAAAGUGCAUGAGAAAAUCCAAAGCAGGUGGUGACGUGGCAGUGAUGGAAGUGUCUACUUCUUCUCCUAUCAUCGGUGUUCGCACCAGAGCCAUGACCCUCGCACUUCAAAAUUCCCAUCCCUACCUUCAACUCCGUAGCCGCCGCCUCCAGAAGCUCCUCUCGCCGCCGAUUAAGAAAACUGCCGCCGCCGCGCCACGUGUCGCCAAUCAAAACGUUGAUCCUUUUUUCGCUGAAACUACGUUGCUCGUGGAAACGAAAGACAGGAGCACCAGGGAAAGCACACCUUGUAGUUUACUUAGAGAUUCAAAUGCUGUUGACACCCAAAAUAUCCAUGAACUCAUACAAAGAAAUAUUCCAACGGCUUAUGAGAUGGAUGAGUUCUUCGCCUUUGCAGAGAAGCAGCAGCAGACAAUAUUUAUGGACAAGUACAAUUUCGACAUUGUCAAUGAUAUACCUCUUCCUGGACGGUUCGAAUGGGUUCAAGUACAUAACUAGGCUAAGCUCUAGUAACAUAGGCUUCUAUGCUUCCAACUUAACAAUUGAUUAAAGAAAAGCUAUUGUGACAUGUAAUUUAACAACUAGCAGUGUUAACUAACGAAUUAGAUUGCUUGAAGCUCAACUAGAAAAGGGUUAGGACAUGCUAAGCAUAGAUUUCCAAAUUAUGAGUAGUUUAGUGUUUCGUUUUGUUGAUUUUAGGGUAUAUCUAAUUGUUAGGAUCUUUCUGUAAUUUACUUUCCUUCUGUGCAUAAUUUAGUGCGUAUAACUAUGAUGUGUAGAAAUACUGUAGGCUAAUUAUCCUUCCCUUUACUCAAAAUUUAGCGUUGAUAUAUGGUAUAACCAUUUUAGUGCACAUUUGAAAUUAGGCUUAGAAAGUUCCUCCAAAAAGCAGUUUAAUUGAAAGUAUUUUCCGGU